CUAACAUAAGUUACAUAACGAAGGUAUCAAGUACUAUCAAGUAUCAACCCCCCUUCACCCAAAAAAAAAGAAAAGAAAAGAAAAUGUCAACCCCCAUUUCCAGGUUACAUUAGGUUAUCCCAGAGUACACGACUACACUCCAAUUCGUUUUCUAUCUUGAAAUUUUAGGAAUCGCGUUGAUAUUGUUUCGAGCUGUAACGACCUUUUACGAUCGACAGUUUAGGAUCUGGAGGCUCGUGUAUGAGUUCUUGAACUCCGUUCUAGGUUGAUAUGGCUGGUGGCAGAGGAAAGGGAUCCAGAUCAAAACCUAAAGUUCUUGCACUUGGACCUGCUGAGCAUGAGCCUUUACAAAUCAGUUUUUAUGAAUCUACUGACGACCUUUCAGAUGGCGAGGAUGGAAAGACUGAUAUAUCAAACAGAGAAGUGAUUCCGUUAGUGGAGACACAGGUGGAUGAGAUGAUCUCUGAUUUUAUUGUUAGCGAUGGACUUGAAGAAGAGGAUUUUAUUGCAGUUGAAGUCAAUGAUGGGGAUAAGGAUGUUGUUACUGGAACAAAUGUCAAAGGUGAAAAAUUUUGUACACAAGAAGGAAUAAAAGAGGAUGUGAAUGAGGUAAGUGAUGGAAAUAAUGGAGCCACUGAUGUGAGUGUUGAGGACAAUGGAGAAAAAAUUGACAAAAAGAAGCUAAAGGAAGAUGAAGCAAUAAAAACUGAUGAAUCACCAGAGGAAGAUGAAGCACCAUUGAAGUUUGGGCGUGAAGAUAAUGACGCUAGCAUAGGGGAUGAAAGGAAGAGUUCAGAGGUGAUCACAGAAAGUGUUCCAACUAAUAAUGAAGGUUUUGCUUCUCCUGACCGUGGAAUAAUGGAAAACAUGACAGAUAAUGUGGAAAAUGAUAAAGAACCAAGUAAGCUAGAUGUAGAGGAGCCAGGAGGUGCUCUAUCAGACAGAGGGGAAGAAGAGCACAUCAAAGAAAAUACAAGCAUUACCAAUGAAGUCAAGGAAGUCGCUGGGCAGAUUAACAGACCCAAGAAGAAAGUAAUGAAGAAAAAAGUGGUUAAGAAGGUGGUGCGAAGGCGUGCUGUGGCUGUAACUGAGGAAAUGCCGCAAUCUGUUGAUGAGAACCCUCCAUCUGGUGAAGCAUGCGAAGUAGAUACUAACAAGCAUAACGAGCAUGUUAAUGAUGAAAUCACAUCAGAUGAAGCAUGCAAAGAAAACAAAAAUGAACAUGUAGCUAAUGAAGAGAAGGCGAAAGAAAAAUCCCCUGUUAAGGUCAAUAAGAAGCCGAAGGUGGUGCGAAGGCGUGCUGCGGCUGUAACUGAGGAAAUGCCACAAUCUGUUGAUGAAAACACUGCAUCUGGUGAAGCAUGCAAAGUAGAUACUAACGAGCAUGUUAAGAAUGAAAUUACAUCAGAUGAAGCAUUCAAGGAAAACAAAAAUGAACAUGUAGUUAAUGAAGAGAAGGAAGAAGUGAAACCCCCUGUUAAGAUCAAUAAGAAGCGGAAGAAAAUUGUGAAAAAGAAGGCUCCACAAGGCCAUCCAGGUAUAGCCACUGUUAAAGAGGCUCAAGGACCUCAAUCUGGAAAUGAUGAAUUAAAAAUUAACGACCAUAUUGGAAUUAAUAAACCAGAUGUGAAAAAUGAAGAGGUCGAAAAAGAUGGGGAUAGGGCGAGUCCCUUAAAAACCUCUAGAAAGAAAAAGCUGGCUAAAAAGAGCACGCAGGAAGGUAUUUCCAAAGAUGUAAAUAAGGCCAAACCUUCAAAGGAGGGUACAUCAUCAAAGAGAAUUGAUAGCAUGGGGAUGAUAUUCAUGUGCAGUUCAGAAACAAAGAAGGAUUGUUACAAGUAUAAAAUAUUAGGGCUACCUGCUGGGAAGAAAGAUGUGGUUUUAAAAAUUUACAAGGGCAUGAGACUCUUUCUGUUCGAUGUUAACCUGAGAAUGAUGUAUGGAAUCUACAAGGCUGCUGGUCCUGGUGGAUACAAUAUUGAACCCAGUGCAUUCAAGUCACAGUUUCCGUCUCAGGUACGUUUUGCUGUCCUUGAAGAUUGUGUGCCAUUAGCAGAGGAAAGAUUCAGAAAGGUCCUUAAGGAUAAUUACUACACAAAGAACAAGUUCAAUUGCCAGCUGAACAGUGAGCAGGUCAAAAACUUGUGUAAGCUUUUUCAUGAGACCAGCAAGAAAGCUGAAUCCAUCAUAGAAAGUGGGAACAGAAGAGCAGCUGCCACCAGCUCAUCCAAAAAAGAAAGUGGGAGCAAAAGAGCAGCUGCCACCACUAGCGCACUCAAAAAAGAAAGUGGGAGCAGAAGAGCAGCUACCGCACUGAAAAAAGAAAGCGGGAGCCGAAGAGCAGCAGCUGCUGCCACCAGCUCAUCUGCAAGGCGAGACAAGAAGAGAAAAAGGGUAGACGAUCGCCGUAGAGGAGCAGGUGCACCUUUUGAGCUGGAAAGAAGCCGGCGAAGGGGUAGGGAAGAUACAAGGCAUGUUCCUGUUGUCAUAGAUGAUAGAGGUCGUAUAAGGGCUCAUGAAGAAAGAAGGUAUUCUCCUGUGGUGAUAGAUGAUAGAAGCUGGAGAAGAGCUCAGGAAAUAACAAGGCAUGUUCCUGUGGCCUUAGACGAUAGGAGUCUGAGAAGGGCUCAGGAAGAAAUAAGGCAUGCUCCUGUGGUUAUAAAUGACAGGUAUCGUGGACUCCCUAUUUAUGAGAGGGAAACCUAUCUGUCGUCUGUGGCACCAGCAGCAACUUUAUAUCAGCCUUUACGAGCACUUAGUCCUCCACGCACCAGCACAUAUGCGUAUGAUAGAGCCUUGGGAGUUGAUCCUUAUAGGAGGGAUUCUGUGCUAGAUCAUCAAGAUCUUGGCCUUUCAAGUUCACGGGAAUCAAGACUUACAAUUCAGCAAGGCCAGCAGGACACAUAUCUGUCGUAUAGAGAAAGAGAACCCCAUGUCUACAGUGGACCCAUAUAUAGCACUGAUACAAGGAGAGAACAUUACGAUUAUACUCCUGAUGGACGGUAUGCUGAUUAUCGUCCGCCACCACCUCUGUAUCGGAGGUACUGAGUAAUCCUAGGGAACGGCUUAUUAACUGUGCCUCUAAACAAUGGUGAGCAUUUUAGUUUUAUCUGGUGAUUGACUGAUGUCCAUUGCCAUUGAGGUAUCUUUAAUUUUAUGCAUUUAAUUCUGGUCUUUGUACUCUGUUCUUUUAGAAGAACCUUUCUGUAUUUUAAUUGGUUUUUUUUUUUUAAUAGUGUCAACAAAAAUGGUCUGACUUGCUUUCACAGAAUCACAAUAGCACCCUUUUAAGCAUUACAAAGGCUAUGUUGUAGAUGAUAUUCAAUAUUAUGAAUACACGUUUAUAACCA